AUGUUUGGUUUUCGUGUUUUACGAAAACGUUGGGUUUUAUUCCUUAUUUUGUUCAGUUCUAUAAUUUAUUUCCUCACAAAUGACUUGAUAUUAGAAGAAUAUGAAUCAAGGAGAACACUUCGACAACCAUUCCAAUGGCAGCCAAAAAUAUCAGAUGAAAUUGAAGUGAAUGAUACAAUCAAAAUCAAAUGUCGUAAUUCCGUCCAGGGUAGAAAAUAUAUUGUUGAUGAAAGAGGAUAUUGUUGUCACAGACGGCAUUUAGACUCCAACCGUUGUUGUGAUAAUAAAGAAUCGUCUGCUGUGAGGUAUAAUUGUGAAAGUUGUCAUAAUAAUGGUUGUUGUAUAAUAUAUGAACACUGUGUAUCUUGUUGUUUACAACCUGAUAAGCAACCAUUGUUAAGUAAGAUAUUGAGAGAUAGUCGAGAUUCUAAGAACGAACCCUACAACAAAUUAUUUGAAUUAGUUGAAGACCAUUUUGAGCUCUGUCUUGCCAAGUGUCGAACGUCUUCACAGAGUGUACAACAUGAGAACUCUUAUCGAGAUCCAAGAGCCAAGCAUUGUUAUGGUGAAACACCACCAGACUUACAAUCAGUUACUGUAUGA